AUGCCGAGCCUGGACACACCCAACACCGCUGGAGGUACCGCUCGACAGCCUUCAGAUGAAGCCGGGGCAUCAGGAGAAAAAGCUGGAGAUACGCGAGUCCAUGAAACAUUAUCCAGCGACUCCGAGCCAGACUCCGAGAAGGAAACAUCUGAAGGAUCCGCGGCAUUGCAGUCCUCAUUGACCACCUACCUGGAGCAGAUGUUCUCCAAGAAGCUCGACGCCAUGCAAUCUAUGGUAGAAAGGCUCCCCGGGGUGGCACCUCCGAUUCGGAAAAGUAAUCCCGGUUCUUACGCAGAUACUCCUUUCAUAGAUAACAUUACCCUGAUUGAGAUGCCGAGAAAGUUCUUCUUCCCCAACAUAAAGAUGUAUGACGGUACCGGCGACUCAGACGACCACAUCGCUCAGUACAAACAAAGGAUGCUAGCGGUAGCACUCCCAAGGAAGUUCCGCGAGGCUACCAUGUGCAAGGGAUUCGGCUCAACCCUGAUCGGACCCGCAUUGCAAUGGUACUUCAAUCUACCCAUCGGAUCCAUAUCUUCAUUCGCGGCCCUCAGCGAUAAGUUCGUAGAGCAGUUCGCAAGUAGUCGGAGCCUGGAGAAAACCUCGGACAGCCUCAACGAAAUCCUCCAGCAUCGGGUCGAACCCCUUCGCGAUUAUAUAGCUUGCUUCAAUCAGGAAAAGGUAUCAAUCCCCGAAUGCAACAUCACUACGGCAAUCUCAGCCUUCAAAAGAGGCUUGCUCCCAGACGGGGAUCUCUAUAAGGAACUGAUAUCACUCAAAAUACCAUAA